AUAAAUUGAUAAUUUCGAUUACGAACUGAAACCCUGCACACCUCAGGAACGUAAACGGGACCAAUUUGCUGCUGAAAUUGUCUGAUACAACUUGUCAUAAUGCCACCCAUACCAGAGGCUGCCCGGAUAGGGGAGCCAGUCCAGAUCAUCACCACCACUGAUGAUCAUUCCUUUGAGUUGAACCAUGAAGCCUUAGAUGAGCUGCUUCUCAAUGAGGAUGUAAGAGACAAGAAGGUGUGUGUCGUCUCAGUGGCAGGAGCUUUUAGGAAAGGGAAGUCAUUCCUUCUAGACUUCAUGCUCAGAUACCUCAACAUGCAAGGAUCAAGUGACUGGCUUGGACCAGGAGACCAACCGUUAGCAGGGUUCUCCUGGAGGGGAGGUUCUGAGAGGGAGACUACAGGGAUCUGGGCUUGGAGUAAAGUAUUCCUAUGUCCUGGACCUAAUGAUGAAGAGGUUGCAGUGAUCUUAAUGGACACACAGGGAGCCUUUGAUUCUGAGUCAACAGUCAGAGAUUGUGCUACAGUGUUUGCUCUAAGUACCAUGACUAGCUCAGUUCAGGUUUAUAACUUGAGUCAAAAUAUUCAGGAGGAUGACCUACAGCAUUUACAAUUGUUUACUGAGUAUGGAAGACUUGCUAAGGAGCAGGAUAGUUCUGGAGCCAAACCAUUCCAGUCUUUGAAUUUCCUGGUUCGUGAUUGGAGCUUCCCUUAUGAAUAUGCCUUUGGGGAAAGUGGAGGUUCCAAGUUACUUGACAAGAAGUUACAUCAAUCAGCUAAGCAUAAAGAGUUACAGGAUGUGCGACGUCAUAUCACAAGCUGCUUCAAGAGACUUGGCUGCUUCUUGAUGCCUCAUCCUGGUCUAGCUGUAGCUACCAAUCCAAAGUUUGAUGGAAGAUUAGCAGAUAUCAGUGAGGAAUUCAAGACCCACCUACAGGAAUUAGCUCCUCUUCUUCUUUCGAAGGACAAUCUGAUUGUCAAGGAGAUCAAUGGCACUAAGGUCACGUGUCGAGCACUUCUAGAGUACUUCAAGGCUUACAUUGAUAUCUACCAUGGAGAUGAUUUACCUGAACCUAAGACUAUGCUGCAGGCGACAGCAGAGGCCAAUAACUUAGCUGCAGUAGCAAGUGCUAAGGACAAAUACACAAAGGAUAUGGAACAGGUAUGUGGAGGUGACAAGGCAUACCUGAGUCCAGACGAACUAGAGAAGAAUCACAAUCAAACCAAGGAAGCAGCCAUUAAUCAGUUCAGAGAAGUACGCAAGAUGGGAGGAACAGAGUACAGUCAGGAAUAUGAGGACAAGCUCUUAACUGAGAUGGAGGAGUCUUACGAGCAGUACAUCAAACACAACGAUAGCAAGAACCUGUUCAACGUAGCACGAACCCCUAUCACCCUCGUCACCACCAUACUUGCAAUGUACAUCCUGUCAGGGGUGUGUGGACUUGUAGGAUUCUACUCCUUGUCAAAUCUGGCCAAUAUGCUGCUAGGCUUUGCCAUCUUUCUACUCUGUACAUGGAGUUAUGUGCGCUAUAGUGGCAAGUGGGUCAACGUUGGGACGGGGAUUGAUACCGGAACAGAAUUUAUAUGGGUUCAUAUGUAUGGCCCCCUGUAUAAACACCUAACAGGUAGUAAUGUGAGUACGCAAGCAAGAAAGAUUAAACAAGCAGAGAAAAAGGGCAAAUAAAACUUCAAGCUGAUGAAUGGUUUUAUCAAAGCCAUAUUCUCUUUCCUUUAUAUUAUAUACAGUCCAAAUCAGCUUUAUUUUGCAAGGAUAUAAUUAUUAUUUACAAAGUGUUAAUGUACUGCUUAAAAGCUGCGGGAAAAUGACAAUGUCUUAAAGAACUUGAUGAAAGCAUAUAAUGAAAUGACAUGAUUGGAGCACAUCAGCUGGGCGUGAUUUGAAGUACUUGGAACACUACUGAUCAGCUGUGGAACAUGUGGGACUACGUACA